AUGUUUUUUAACUUUUUGGAGGAGGAGGGAGACGGCCCCAAUCCCGACGGCUCUUACUCCUUUAGCUACGAAGGAGGAAACGGAGUCAAAGCCGAGGAGGCUGGUUCGUUGGUUCAAUCUGCCAACAGCGAGUCAGGACAAGCUAUGUCUGUCAAGGGAUCUUUCUCCUACACCGGUGAAGACGGUGUUGUCUACAACAUUGUCUACGUAGCUGACGAAAAUGGAUUCCAACCACAAGGAGCUCAUAUUCCAACUUCUCCACCAAUCCCUGAAGAAAUUCUCAAGAGCCUUGAAUACAUCGCCGCUCAUCCUGAAGAAAACAACAUCGACGCUCCUAAACAAUGA